UACAUUUCUACUUUGUUUGAUUUGUCUUUCGCCGAUCUUAAAUAAAAAUUAAUAUUUUAUUGAAUUUAAUACAGAUUAUGGUGUAAAGUCAUAUAUAUUAUUUCAAUUUCGGAGUCUCGUAUUUAUAUAAAACCAAGUAUAACAAUUUACAUUUGAAGUCAUAUCUGUUACUCCGCGAGUCAGCAUGGCCGAUGAAGAUUUCAGCAAAUUAUUGCAGCAAGCCGAACAAUUAACUACUGAAAUCGAAGGCAAUGAGGAGUUGCCAAGGGUCGAAAGAUCUUUGGGACAAGUGUUAGAGGCAUCACAGGAACUUUAUUCCAGGGUUAUUCAAUCUGGCGCCAAUGAUAUACAAGCGCAUCUUUUAUUUGGAUCAAAAGGAAUUGAUCUACAACAAAUAUCACAGAAAUUAGAGACACUCAGUUCGAAACGAACAUUUGAGCCACUACAACCUAUUGCUGAUUCUGAUAUCGAGAGUUUUUUGAGAAAUGAAAGGGAAAAUGCUAUUUUAUCAUUAAUCGAUGAAGUCAACAAAAAUUCACUACAAACAACUGAAGAUCAAAAAUGGGAACACAUGCUCUCAGAAUGGAACAGAGAAAAAAUCAAACUUAUGAAUGCUAUGAUAGGUCCAUCACAAAAUUGGCUGGAUCUAAAACGCACUCCAGAGCCACCAAGCAUAGCGGAUGCACCUAAGAAGUUUGGUCACUCAAUGCUUGACAACAUGGAGGCUGCAUAUGCAAGGCAAGUUCAUCAAUACAACAAACUUGUAUUCCAAGGAUCGAAGUCGAGGACAGCAUUGCACCAGAAGUUUGCACAAGUUGCUGAAGAAUUUAAUGAUCCUAAAGUUAAAGAAAUGUGGGAAAUCGUCAAAACAAUGGCCAAUAUACCAGCUCUGGUAAGGGACGAAGAUCCUCUCAAAGCAAGAGGUAAUGAAACCAUUCAACAGUGCCUUAUUGCAAGAGGGAAAAACUACCUAGAGAAAAGAUAUAAGCAAUAUAUGAGUGAUGUUGUGAAGUCUAACCCAGCUGCAGCCAUGCGUGGAGGUGAACCAGGAACAUAUCCAUUGGUGAAAGGCUUUGUGGGAUUACGUCUCCAAGGCCAUGGUGUCCAGGGCCUAACAGAUGGAGUCAUUGAUGAUCGCCCACUUUGGCCUAUGGUAUAUUAUUGUCUCCGAAGUGGAGAUGCUAAUGCUGCAUUGCAUUGCUUACGAAAAGCCGGACGUGACCAUGAGGAAUUUAUGGCUGCCCUAGAAGAACACAUUAGAAACCCAGAGAAGUCACUAAGUGACAAAUUACAAACAGCAAUCAAUUUCCAGUACAGAAUUCAAGUGCGCAAUUCUACAGAUCCAUAUAAAAGAGCUGUAUACUGUGUUAUAGGUUGUUGUGACAUAAGUGAUGAGCAUGCAGAGGUGGCGCGAACUGCAGAUGAUUAUUUAUGGCUUAAACUCUCCAUCAUAAAAUCACGUACUACUAAUGAUACUGAGUUAUUCUCGUACUCUGAUUUACAAAAGCUAAUUCUGGAAGAAUAUGGAGAGACACAUUAUCACGCGUAUGAAAAACCACUUGUAUAUUUCCAAGUGUUGGCCUUGACAGGCCAAUUUGAACCUGCUAUUGAGUUCCUGUCGCGAAUACCAAGGUAUCAAGUGCAUGGUGUACAUAUGGCAUUGGCAUUACAUGACGUUUACAUGCUUGGGACGCCACGUAACGUCCAAGCACCAUUGUUGUCCGUAGAUACAGACGACCCGACACCUCUUCGACGUCUAAAUUUAGCGCGACUUUUGCUUCUUUAUGUUAGAAAAUUCGAACUCACGGAUCCAUCGGAUGCUUUACACUAUUAUUUCUUUUUAAGGAAUCUCAAAGAUCCUAGCGGAAAGAAUUUAUUCAUGUGCUGCAGUACAGAUCUUGCACUCGAAAGUCGGGAUUACGACAUUCUUUUCGGUAGAAUGGACGCUGUCACUGGUUUGCGAAGUCCCGGUCUACUAGAUCAAUUUAACAAUCCCCAUAUUGAUAGUAAGGUGAUAGCUCUUAAUGUAGCGGAACAACUAGUUAAUAAAGGACUUUUUGAAGAUGCCAUAACGAUGUAUGAUAUUGCCGAGAAACUGGAGAAGGUGCUAGAGUUGUUCUGCGUGCUGCUCGCGCAGGUGGUGAACAGCGGCGGAGGCGAAGGUGGUUUGCGGCGGCGGCUGGCGCUGCUGGCCGAGCACGUGUCACGACGGCUGCGCUCCGCCGACGACCCGCUGCCGGCCGCACUCGUCGACGCUUACACCAAGCUGUGCAAGCUGAUGACAUUCUUUGAUCAGUUCCACAGUGAGAACUACGACGGCGCGCUUGAAACACUCCGCGAAUGUGAUUUAGUGCCUUUGAGUACAAGUGAACUGGAUGCGCGUGUAUCUGCGGCUAGAAAUGCUCGUGGUGAGCUGCUUCGCAGUUUGCCUGCUGUACUCCGCGCCCUGUGUACUAUAUUGCUGGCGCAGAGACAAAAGUUGCGUGCGGCCGCACAAGCACAACCCCUGGCAAUUCAGACUAAUAACAAACAAGUGGAAUGGCUUCGUGAACAAGCAGAGGUCCUGAAUACGUUUGCUGGUAGCAUAGCUUACAGAAUGCCCGGUGAUACUUAUAGUCAGUUAGCACAAAUGCAAAUACUGAUGCAUUAAAAUAUUGCCCCCAUUAAUAUAAUCUACAAUCACUUCUUACUAAGAAAUAUAUGAAAAAUUUUACUAAUAU